CGUCGUAGAUACGGCUUCUACGUCGUGCAUCAUACACCGCGCAGUGUCGCGGAGCGACUUUUAGUUCGUGCGUCGCGAAUAUCGAAGGAGACGUGACAAGUCUCCCUCUUAUAGAAAACAAUCGGUGAUCCAUCCUCGCGUGAUUCCGAAAUUAUUACUCGCCAGAGAGAUGUCUUGAAGCGUUUAGAACCAUUCACGGACGACCUCGAGAAUUGUUCGCGAGCAUAGCAAUGGGAGUGAAAUUAUCGGCGAGGACGAAAAGAGUUGGUGGGGUGAAAUUCUGCCACGAACAACGCGCACAAUUAUUCGAAAAUUAAUAUUGAAUUCGGGACUUCCAUAGCUCGAUAUUCGCCAGUGAAAAUCCCAAAGUGUUCGAUUGUGAGUUUAGAUCGGUAUAGAAUUGUUUUACUCUCUUAAAAUGAAUCAGUCAAACAUUACUGAAAACAGUGAAUAUACACUGAUUGCAGUUAUAAGUAUAACAUUGAAAGUGCUCAGUGCUAUAUUCAUAACUGAUAUCAGUGACUAUUCACUGAUUCAUUUUAAGAGAGUAGGGGAUCUAAAUAACACAAAUUUCCAGUUGCAGCUCCUAUAUUUGCGUUUAAAAAAUAGCAAUAUGCAGAAUUUGAUAAUUUUCAACAAUUUCAAAUAAAAAAUCAUAAUAAUUCUUUUCGCCAACUUUAAUUGAAAAUAUCGGCAGAAAUUAAUCUCUACAUAUAUGAUAUAAAAUAGAAAUAUAAUCUUUCAAUUUCUAUUAUAACUUAUCCUACUGUAAAAGAUAUGGAAUAGAAAUGCUAUCGAUUUGUUCUUUAAAUGGAAUUUAAAGUAAAUAAAAGAAUUAUUCUUAAAUAUAUUGAAUUUAGAAUAAAUUUCACAUUUUUUUCUAUAGCGCGACUAAUUAUUAUGAUUUUUUUAUUUUAUUAAGUUGUUGAAAAUUAUAGAAUUUUGAAUGUGCUGUCAUUUUUUCAAACACAAAGACAGGUGAUACAAAUUGUAUUUAGACCCUCUAUAAUUCUAUACUCUAUACUUCUAUGGUCUAAACUCAGAAUCGAUGAAACACUUCGGGACCUUCCUUUAUGACCGUAAGAUAUACCCUGAGGUCGAUCCAGUAAUAGGUAAAAACUAGAGAGUGGGACGCGAAAGAGAAAUAAAGAGAGAAGGAGGGGUUGGCGUGUGUUCCGUGCCAAUUGUUAAGCACCCAAGUGGCUCUUGUCACGCGACUUAAUGAGACUACCGCGAUCGAAAUUAAUGUCCGAGCGGCGGAAGGGGAGCACCCUUCGUAAUAAACAACGCUUCGCGUCUUACAUGACGUCAUCCCGCAAGAUUAAUCGGCAGCUAAAUCUGCCGAAUGUUGAUUAUAGAAGUGACUGACUAUAGUUGACCGAAUGUUGAUUAUAGAAGCGAUAAGAUUGCGUAAUCAGUAUUAGGAAAACAGACGUUCACACAGUACAUAUUAUUAUAACAACUCGGGCAAUGGCGAAAGACACAGUGAUCAAAGUAUCUCUCUUGCUGAGCGUCUUCCCGUUAACUCUCUCGAACGCGAGCGAUCGGAUUCUUUGCUUCAAAAACGAUACGUUAUUGGAAACCGCGGGUGACGUUAUUUUAAAUGUUUUCGCGGAUGUCAACUACGGACAAUAUUGCAACGAAUCGUCAACCAAAGGUCUACAGCAAAUCUCGACGGCGCUAUAUGUGUUACAAACAUUAAACGAGCAUAACUACGUGCCAGGCCAACGACUGGGAUUAAAAGUGCUCGACACGUGUCACGACGAGGUCCAGGUGUUCAAGCGAGUCCUGCGAGCAACAGUCGACGAAGAUUGCGCGCCGCACCACGAAUUGGGUAUCUUGGUGCCGUCCACGUACAACGCCACGUUAGAUCCUCUACGCGAUUACGGUGGCUCACCGCCGAUUGUCACCUACGCAGAACAGAAUCUCACAUUACCGCUGAUCGACAUCCUGGCGCAUUACCUGAGCACCACGUACGAGAACGUCGAUCUCGCGCUCGCCAACACAGAUCACGUCCUCGAGCGCUUCCUGAGAAUCAGCAAGGAAGCCGGUGUGUGUGUGAAGCGCGUCGGACACGACGACAACAACAACAACAACGACGCGAACGUCACGGGGGCGGUGAUAGUCGCGAUCGGCGAGGCGAGUGACAUACGACGGUGGCUGCGACGUGGAGAGGAGCCGAAGGGUCUCGGGACGAAGACGUGGUUCCUGCUGCCGCUCGAUAACUCGAGCAUUGACGACGUCACGCCAACCGGCUCGUACAUCAUCAGGCCGGAAACUCUCGGCUUCGAUCGCGAGUUACCAAGCGGGGGCGAAUAUUUGGGAAACUCCGGGAAAUCCGCGAAACGCUCCCCGUAUCUCCUCGGCAUCGGCAAGGCCGUCGUCGAGCUAGCGGAAGUUCUCCAGGACGUCCGGGGGAGAAGCUGUCCCAGCAACGACGACGACCACGGCGAUGGCGGCGAUGGAAACUGCGUCGCGUCGCAAUUUCGUCCAGAAUCGCGGUCGGAAAUUCGCGAUUCCGACGUGUACGAGGUGCUGCGCAUGCAGCCGAGGUCGCACUCGGUGAAAUACGCGGUCGCCAUGAAGACCUCGCAGCACGACCUCGUCGAGGUUGUGCUCUACGACAUCGUGGUAUCCGAGGCGCGCGCUCUUCCGGAAAAGUCGACGUCUGGAAUGCCAGCGCUUUGCCUGCGAGAUCUCGUCGGGAACUGCGAGAAUUGCGCGAAUUUUCAGGAACGCUCCCGUGCACGUGUCGUCACGAAAGUGGUGUGCGGCACUCUCGUGUGCUGCGUCAUCGUCGUGCUCAUCGUCCACCGUUUCGCGACCGAGCGGAUGCUCGACGGCGAUCCGACCCUCACGAUCGUCCUCAUCCUGGCCAACGUGUUUACCCUGCUAACAGCGCUGCCCUUCUGCAUGGCGGACGAUUAUUUCGGCGCGGAGAGCCUGAACGCCCGGAGGAUCCUCCUGGCCACUCUCGCGUUCGGCUUCACAUUCUCGAUCAUGCUCUCGAGAGCUCUAUUCCUGGCUUUCUCCACCGGCGAUGUUUUCGCCAACCACGUCAACGGGUACCUGCAGAGCGUCAUGGUGUUCUUCAUGUCCGCCGUGCAGCUCGCCAUAUCGAUCGUAUACUUCGUCCUGAACACAACGGACUCGGCUGCGAUCGCCAGGAGUCUCGUCUUUAUCGCGUUAUUAGGCUAUGAUAUAUUUCUGUUGAUCGCGCUGUUCGUCACUUGCUGCUUCAUCACCCGGAUUGAACGCAACUAUCAUGAAGGAAAGUGCUUCUUCGGCACUGCCGUCGGUCUACUGGUGAUAUGGGCAAUAUGGCUGAUUUGCUUCGUACUGAUGCAGCCGGAAAAUCGCGACGCAGUCGUCUCCUUCGGCGUCAUCGGCACAGCUUACUCGAUUAUCCUCGGCACUUUAACACCGCGAAUCUAUUACAUGGUGAUGCACCCUCCUGGCAGGAAAAACCUCGGACGAAAAUUGGAUCUCGUGGAUCUGUCGGCCGAUUCGACCGUCGGCACAACCAUCAGGCAGUCACAGCUUUCCUACGAUUACGCUCAUUCAGCUCAAGAGCGUCAAGUCGUACGUGCACUAUCCACAUAUCCGAAUUAUUACGGCAGUCCUAGCUCGCGCUCCAAAUGUCCUGAUCGAUACCGAAGUCCGAUUCAGCAUGAAAUGCCUGGAUACAGUAAUUACGGAUUUCAUGCGGAAAUGAUGGAGAUCGAGAUUGCCCGCGCCGCGGCGCAAGCGCGCGUCCAGAACGCGGAGGCUUGGAGGAAUUCUCGAGCAGCACCGAACGACAUGGUUUACGCGCAGCCGAAGAUCUGCAGAGCGUGGAGAGUGGUUCUAGAGGAGGAGAGGAAACCAGAGAUUACCUGCGACAUGGGUGACUACUCGCCUACUCCUACACCACGAAACAAACUGUAUCCUAUGAGAUACGCAAGUCCAACAGUUGUAAGACUGCAAGAUAGGAUCGAUGAAGAGAACGAGGACGAGGACGAGGAGGACGAUGAGGAUGAUCAGCAAGACGAAGGCAUCAGCAGAAUUACCCGCUUUUGACAAAGAUACUUGUGAUUUUAGCACGAACAGUUCAAUAGUUUCUACGUCACGUAUAUAAGUUCACGAAUUCUAGACACAUUCUUCCUCUUAUUUGAAAUUUCACGUGAGGCGUCCUGAGGGAGUUGUCGGAUUUAAAAAAUGUCGUAAAAUUUGGAAAUAGCGACUAACACAAGUAUGAUUCGCGCUCUCUAAAUUUUUCAUUUGGAAAACAAAUUUUCCACUUAGAAUCGUCGAGUGGCAAUUUUCAUCCGAAAUUGAAGAGCAUAUCUAAUGUAUUCCGCCGUCAGGGGAAUCUAUUCUAAUCAUCCAUAUAUGACCGUUAUCACCUAAAACUUGUCUCAUGUGAGAUACUCAGAUUUUUAUUCAAAGAAUUAGAUUCAAAAUUUUCAGUUAAAUUAUAACAUAUGUGACAUUUAUAUAUAUCUAUAAUUGUGAUUCGACUGAAAAACGUUCUAAUCUAACUUUGAAUUCAAAUUUGUAUAUCUCGUUUGAAACUUGUCUCAUGUAAAAUAUUCAGAGAGAGAGAUAUGAAUUUGAAGUUAUAUUUUAGUUAUUUUGUUUGAAUCAUAUAAUAUAUGCAGCAUUGCAGUUGUAAUCGCAAUUCGAUUGUGAAAAGCUUUCAUCUAACUCUGAAUUCAAAUCUGUGUGAGUACAUUAAAUUUAAUAUUUUUUAGGCCUAUAAGCGAUAGUCGCAUGAUUUUGUUUGCAAGAUUAAUUUAUUUUUUAAUUAAUUAGUUAUGUAUUUAAUUAUUUAAUUGACUAUUAUUAUUUAAUUAAUUAAUUAUAUUUAUACUUAUAAAGCUAUACUUCUCUGUUGUUUGGCCAAAUCUGAGUUGAUACAAGUUUAAAGUAAUAAUUCUUAAUACAAACCUAAGGCCCAUAUUAAUACUUAUUAUUUUACAACUUGUUCCAGAAAAAAUAUUCAGAUCUGAAUUUAAUUAAGUUUUUUAUUUAAAUCAUAUAAUAUAUGUGCGACAUUGCUUUUGUAAUCGCGAAAAAUCAAUUGAAAAGCUCUCGUCUAACUCUAAAUUCAAAUCUGAAUGUUCCACUAGAAAUGAGUUUCAAGCAAUAACUAUUAAUACGAGUUUAAGAUUUUCGAUUAAACGUUCAUCGAUAAUUAGGGAUAUUUUCAUAACCUCCUGAAGUGAAUUCUCACUAGUUUUGAGCGAAAUUUCACUCGAAU